UACUAACAGAAAGAUAAGUAAAAUAAUAUACGAAACAGACGAAUCAUGAACCCAGAAUCUAUUCACGCCCAUUAAACAAAGGAAAUAUACACCAUCGGCCAUUGGGUGUUGUAUUCCCGAACAUCAGCGCCUACAUCGAUUUUAUGACAGAUUUAACCGUUUCGGAAGGAGAGUUCUGCACAGCGAGGGACGAUGGCUGCUCCACUGAUGAGUCGACUCCUCUGCCUUCUGUUGAUAUCUGCACUCGGACAGAGCCAGGACGCCGGCUCCGCUCCGACGCCAGACGGAUCCCGACCCUUCUCCUGCCGCGGGAAUCGAAGCCGUGGUUUGGCGGAAGUGCUGCUUCGGCGGAUGGGAUCUGAUCCUUUUCCCAGCGAAGGAGGAAGGUCUAGCGAGAUGGAGAGGCCCAGCGCGAAGUGGUCAGGACAGGAACCUCGAAUUCUGGCUGACCUCCUCCCCUUCUUGGUGACCUCGACAACCGCCCGCCAGAUUCUCCUUAUCCAUGACCUCUCUGCGCCUAAUAUUUCUCCCGCCAUUCGAGCCGUCUACGAGCAAUGGUAUGGUGUCACAACCAUCAGCUUCCAAAGCGCUGCGGAUUUUUUAGACUUCAUAGUGAAGGCGCUUUCGAACGUGUCGGAGAAGCGCAUCGCGAUCGUCAUAUGUUCUGGCGGGAACACGGUCGCCAUCUUCGAAGCUAUAAGAGAGAAGGACCUGGAAUCGCCCAAGAUCCAGUGGUUCGUGGUUAUGCGAGAGAAUUUAACCUUUGACCUGACCGCUGCUUUGAGAGAGGGUACACAGAUAACAUUAGCUGCUCAGACUUCUUCGAACUCAUACCGUCUAUCAACCUCCUACGUUGAUGUGAAAAACAAAAUAGGCCUCGCGUACGCCGGCCACGUGACCUGGAACGACGAGACGGGCAAGAUGACCCCUUUUCUCGCCUCCCCCUUGACCCCUGACCUCGAACGGGUCUACGCUGACUUCGGAGGGCGGCAGCUGAAGGGCGCCGUCGUCCCCAACUGGCCCUUCUUCCAAGUCACGCCCCUGGAUGCCUACGACGGCCCUUAUCAAGAGGCUGGCCCGGUCUCUGGCAUUGACUUCUUGGUUAUCGAUGCCAUAGCGACGGAGCUGAAUUUCACAUACAAGCUCCUCGUGGCCGACAGCUGGGGUGGACCGCAACCUGAUGGCAGAUCGAUCACAGGAAUGAUUGGCAUGGUGGCUCGCAGGGAAGUGGAGUUUGCCGUCGACGAAAUAACCAUCACAGGAGCCCGCGAAGCCGUGUUGGACUUCAGCCAGCCGUAUUUCAUGGAGUCCAUCACGAUUGUCAGCCGAGCGCCCGCAGAGAAGAGCCGGGCGGUGGCGGUGUUCUCGCCCUUCACGCCCGCGGUUUGGGCAGCGCUAGUCCUGUCAGUCGCAGUAAUUGGCCCGUUGUUAGCAGCAGUUAACCACUUGACGUCAUUCUAUCUCGGGGGAAAGGAUCACUUCAGCUCUCGUGAAUUUGCGUUUAACAUGUUCCGCAACCUGGUGGUGCAGGGCAACCUCAUCUCCUCUGCGCGCUGGCCGCUGCGGUGCGUCUUCUUCUCGUGGUACCUCUUCUGCUUCUAUGUCUGCGCCUUGUACUCCGGGACGCUGACGGCCGUGCUCGCCAUCCCUGCGUUUGAGAAGCCGAUAGACUCGCUUGCGGACCUUCUGAGGGCCAUGAAGGAGGAUGGCUUCAGUCCUCUCUUCAUCUAUGACACUUCCAAUGUUCAUAUCCUCAAGGAAGCCACGUCGGGAAUAUAUAAAGAGAUCUGGGACAGGUUUCAGCCUGACAGUGGCUACGUGUUCAGCGCUAAUGAAGGAGUAGAUAAGGUCCUGACGGGGAAAUUCGGCUUCGUCAACGCGUGGUUGGCCUCCGAGAUCCGCAUCACCGCGCGAGGCAAGGAGAACUACCACUUGGCUCGCCAGACGUACUACCCGCAGAGCUACGGCGUCGCCCUCCAGUCCGGGGCUCCGUACUUGGCCGUUUUUGAUAAGAAACUCGCCCAGUUGGUGGAAUCCGGCCUCAUAGGGAAAUGGAGGCGUGACGUGGUCGGCAGCGCAGCCGGGAGAGUACCUGACGAAGGCCCACAAGGAGGUCCGGGCGCUGUCACCCUGAUUCACCUGCAGGCCGCCUUCUUCGUGCUCGCGGUGGGGCUCCUCGCGGCAUCCCUCGCUCUGGGCUUCGAGGUCGGCUUCUGCAGGAGGCGACGUAGGAGGAGGCGUGUGGGUAAAAACUCAAAGAGUGGAUAUGAAUUAUCGGCCACAACCAUGCGGAAGAAUGGAAGAGCUCCAACAUCCCUACGAUGCCCAGUGGCCGAAUCCAAGUCAGAGGAGAAAUUAAUGGAAUUAAUAGAACGAUCAAGCAGUCUUAAGUGGGACACUGCGGCAGAUAAUCACGCAGGAGAACAAUACUCAAAAUGA